AUGCGAUGGAAUGGAAGUACCAUGGGCACCUGCCUCCUUCGAUAUCCACGACGAGAUGUCGAAACACAGCGGCGUCGCAGCGAAGUUCCAGUCGAUGUCGAGUCGAGGUUUUUGGUGAUUCUCCAGCUGUUCUGGGAGGGCUCACAACUGCCCACGACAGUUGGAAUUCAUAGAAUUCGUUCUCCCACUCGAAACUGGCUCCAAUUUUCGAUCACGGGAAUAGCAAGAUCAGCGACAAAACAAAAAAAGCUGCAAGGAGAGCAAAGUCUGAGAAGAUGUUCGAACUCAGUCAACCCCAAGGGUUCCACAUGUCACAUGCACUUGGGAUGCCAGGGAAAAGCUAAUCAAAAGAUUUACCUGCGGAUCGACUGCAGCUUCUCCGAUGUUAGCGGGAUGGUCUAGUGCCCUUAACCCA